GCUGAACACACUCUCCCCCGACUCUGCUGCUACCUGACUCCUGUUAUUCUCUUUGGUUCCAAUGUCCACACCAGCAUACUAGACUACCAUUUAUAAUGAAGCAAUGUGUUGGACAUACUAGACUACCAUUUAUAAUGAAGCAAUGUGUUGGACAUGCAUUCUAAGUAAGUGGUAUGCAAGCGUGGACUUUGGAACAUAGUCCCUAUCACUCCCCCUCCAUCUCUCCUCUGCUCCUCUCUUCACAUUGAUGUCUCCCUCUAGAUGGUACUACUCAUUUUCAUGACCUACUGUCCCUUUGUACUGUGGAAUCCCAAGGCUCUCUCUCUAUACGUCUAACUUAACCGGCUACCUCGUCUGCCCUGUAUAGAGUGAUGGUGAUGAGGUUUCUCACAUGUUGUUACCCUUCAUCAUUGACCCAAACACUGUUUCUUAUUGCACUGGGCGAGAGAUCUUUCAGUAUUAGUGGAGGGAAUGGGGCAAAGACAAGUCAAGCCAUAGAUGAAUGUGUGGCCAUAGCCUAAAGGGAAUCCCCCCAGUAGCUGCAUUUUGGUUGUAGUAGAAAUAAGCUAAUGUGAAAAAGCCUGAAAUCCAGACCUGUUCUGUACUAACAUUCCACUCCUUGUACUUUGUCAUAUGCCAAAAAUUAUGUUUGGCAUGACAUGAAGUAGAAUAUUAGCACAAACAGACUGGUAUCCAGACUAGAGAAAGCCAGGAUCCUCUUACUAGUACCCAGGAUAGAGAAAGCCAGGAUCCUCUUACUAGUACCCAGGAUAGAGAAAGCCAGGAUCCUCUUACUAGUACCCAGGCUAGAGAAAGCCAGGAUCCUCUUACUAGUACCCAGGAUAGAGAAAGCCAGGAUCCUCUUACUAGUACCCAGGCUAGAGAAAGCCAGGAUCCUCUUACUAGUACCCAGACUAGAGAAAGCCAGGAUCCUCUUACUAGUACCCAGGCUAGAGAAAGCCAGGAUCCUCUUACUAGUACCCAGGAUAGAGAAAUCCAGGAUCCUCUUACUAGUACCCAGGAUAGAGAAAGCCAGUAUCCUCUUACUAGUACCCAGGCUAGAGAAAGCCAGGAUCAUCUUACUAGUACCCAGGCUAGAGAAAACCAGGAUCCUCUUACUAGUACCCAGGCUAGAGAAAGCCAGGAUCCUCUUACUAGUACCCAGGAUAGAGAAAGCCAGGAUCCUCUUACUAGUACCCAGGAUAGAGAAAGCCAUGAUAGAGAAAGCCAGGAUCCUCUUACUGGUACCCAGGAUAGAGAAAGCCAGGAUAGAGAAAGCCAGGAUCCUCUUACUAGUACCCAGGAUAGAGAAAGCCAGGAUCAUCUUACUAGUAGCCAGGAUAGAGAAAGCCAGGAUCCUCUUACUGGUACCCAGGAUAGAGAAAGCCAGGAUAGAGAAAGCCAGGAUCCUCUUACUAGUACCCAGGAUAGAGAAAGCCAGGAUAGAGAAACCCAGGAUAGAGAAACCCAGGAUAGAGAAAGCAAGGAUAGAGAAAGCCAGGAUCCUCUUACUAGUACCCAGGAUAGAGAAAUACAGGAUCCUCUUACUAGUACCCAGGAUAGAGAAAGCCAGGAUCCUCUUACUAGUACCCAGGCUAGAGAAAGCCAGGAUCAUCUUACUAGUACCCAGGCUAGAGAAAGCCAGGAUCCUCUUACUAGUACCCAGGCUAGAGAAAGCCAGGAUCCUCUUACUAGUACCCAGGAUAGAGAAAGCCAGGAUCCUCUUACUAGUACCCAGGAUAGAGAAAGGCAGGAUAGAGGAAGCCAGGAUCAUCUUACUUGUACCCAGGAUAGAGAAAGCCAGGAUAGAGAAAGCCAGGAUCCUCUUACUGGUACCCAGGAUAGAUAAAGCCAGGAUAGAGAAAGCCAGGAUAGAGAAAGCCAGGAUCCUCUUACUAGUACCCAGGAUAGAGAAAGCCAGGAUAGAGAAACCCAGGAUAGAGAAAGCCAGGAUAGAGAAAGCCAGGAUUCUCUUACUGUUUUCUGUUUAAGCUGCUAUUCUGUGUUUUCUUAUAUUCUUCUGUAUCUUUACUUUUCAUUUCAUUUUCUUUGUAAAAUAAAGAGGACAUAUAUAUUCAGUAAACUGAAAUUGAUCUUUACAAUCACUGUGAUUAUAUUAACACAAUUUCUGCAAAAGAAAAUACAAUUUGAUUUAGCUUGAAUAUGUUUUUAUAUUUCUUUUUAGAUUCCCCCCAACCAAUGAGAUGUUUUAAGGUUCUUUCAGUGUGGUUGCAAUAAACACUGUUGUAAAUACGUGAAUAAACCUCUUUCUAAUAUAUUACACCUA